GCAGUGUGCGCUUUAGCACCGAGAGACGCCAUAAAUAAGCAGCUGUGCUCACGCUAUACUUAUAGACACUAGAUCGCGAUGGAAGCCUUAACCUUUUCUGCAUAUAACUUCAGCGGCUAUCCUGGCUAUUUCCCCUUUUACCAUGGGAACACUAAAUUCAAACCCCAGAACUGGAACAAAAAGGGCAGUUUUGGUGUCAUGCCCGAGAUUCCUGACUAUUUUGAAAUCUACAAACGAGCUCAGUUAAAAGCUAUCUUGUCUCAGGUCAACCCCAAUUUAACUCCUCGCGUGCGCAAGGCUAACACCAGAGAGUUCGGGGUUCAGGUGAAUCCCAAAGUAAACGCCACGGUGCAGUGCUCUCUGGGACCUAAAACGCUGUUUUAUCGCGAGGAUAAGUGGGAAGUGAAAGCCAGCAGUCCACUGAGAGCCAGUGUCCCCAGCACACCGGUCAACAGCGUGCGCUUCUCCCGUCCCGUUGCCAUUUACUCGCCGGUGUUUGACCGCAGGUUCUUUUCAGUGCCAGCCCGCGCUGAUGAACUUGACAGGGAUGUGAAGCUGGGCAGCUCUGAGGAAGAAAACUGCGCAGCGGAAGUGGAGACGCGCGAGACCGAGGCGGGAAGCGCGCGGGGAAAAGAGCGUCAGUGCCCUGCUUUCCAAAGUCGCGCGCCCACAAGGUUUAACUUUCAGUUCCUGGAGCAGAAAUAUGGCUAUUACCACUGCAGCAAGUGUAACAUCCGCUGGGAGAGCGCGUACGUGUGGUGCAUCUCCGGAACUUGCAAGGUGUACUUCAAGCAGCACUGCAGAAAGUGCCAGGCUGGCCUGAACCCAUACAGAGUGGAGUCGAUUCAGUGUCAGGUAUGUGCACGGACACGCUGCUGCUGUGAGCGGAAGCAGAGGCACAUUGACAUUCGGCGUCCUCACCGCCAGGACCUGUGUGGCCGCUGCAAGGGCAAGAGGCUGUCCUGCGACACUACCUACAGCUUCAAAUACAUAGUCUGACUGUCUCUAACCAAAUUUUUAUAGUAUUGUUGGCAAUGAACUUUUGUAUUGUAUAUCUAUUAAACUCUGAAUAAAAGGUACUGCAGCAU